CUGUGCCACAGACACACCGUAACGCAACAGUAUCCGCUGCGUGUCUACAUAAGGAUUUUUUCCGCUUUAUAGGACUAGAAGGAAGCUCGCGAGGUUUAUUCCGCAACGGAACUAACGGGUUUAACGGAUUUGUCCCCGAUAACGAACUCGCCCCUUCCCCUCUGUUCUGGCAGACGCUGAGAAAGUUCUAGCCAGUUGCGUUUUAACUCCGGUAAGCCCGUGCGGAAUUCCGCGCUCCCGUGACUCGGAGGGAUUUUAUGCACCGGGUUGUCGGUAUCGUCAUGGGUCGGUUCCGGCUCUCGCUGUUGACGCUCAUAACGGCGCUGUUUGGGUUCGCGCACGCGUUCGGAGACGAGGAGGAGAUGACCUGCGACCCGAUCCGCAUCUCCAUGUGUCAGGAUCUGGGAUACAAUGUGACCAAGAUGCCGAACCUGGUGGGAAACGUGCUGCAGUCCGACGCCGAACUACAACUGACCACAUUCACACCGCUGAUACAGUACGGCUGCUCGAGCCAGCUGAAGUUCUUCUUGUGCUCUGUGUACGUUCCCAUGUGUACUGAGAAAGUUCCGAUCCCGAUUGGCCCCUGUGGGAGCAUGUGUUUGUCCGUGAAGAGGAAGUGCCUUCCAGUCUUGCAGGAGUUUGGCUUUGUGUGGCCGGAACUUCUUAAUUGCAGCCUUUUCCCGCCCACCAAUGACCAGAACCACAUGUGCAUGGAAGGUCCGGGUGACGAAGGCCCCCCAUUCCACGCGGUUCGGCCCCUGGCUCCACAAGAGGAGGAGUGUGUGGCUCUAGGCGCGGGCAUGGAGCAGUACGCUUGGGUGAAGCGCAGUGGGAGUUGCUUGUUGCAGUGUGGCUAUGAUACGGGACUCUACCGUCGACAGGCCAAAGUCUUCACGGAUAUUUGGAUGGCGGUGUGGGCCGUUCUCUGCUUCAUCUCCACCACCUUCACCGUGCUCACCUUCCUAGUGGAUUCCUCGCGGUUCUCCUACCCAGAGCGGCCUAUCAUCUUCCUGAGCAUGUGCUACAACAUCUACAGCGUUGCAUUCAUCGUGCGGUUGACUGUUGGACGCGAACGCAUCUCCUGUGACCUGGAGGAGGCGGCCGUGCCAGUUUUGGUUCAGGAGGGUUUGAAGAACACGGGCUGCGCGAUUGUCUUCCUCCUUACGUAUUUCUUCGGCAUGGCGAGCUCCAUCUGGUGGGUGAUCCUGACGUUGACGUGGUUCCUGGCGGCGGGGCUGAAAUGGGGUCACGAGGCCAUUGAAAUGCACAGUUCGUAUUUCCAUAUUGCGGCGUGGGCGAUUCCCGCCGUCAAGACGAUUGUCAUCCUGAUAAUGCGACUAGUGGAUGCCGAUGACCUCACUGGGAUGUGCUACGUGGGCAACCAAAACCUAGAUGCGCUAACGGGGUUCGUCGUGGCUCCGCUCUUCACUUACCUUGUGAUCGGAACUUUAUUCAUUGUGGCGGGUUUGGUGGCACUGUUUAAAAUUCGUUCCAACCUGCAGAAAGACGGAACCAAGACGGAUAAACUUGAGCGGCUAAUGGUGAAAAUCGGAGUGUUCUCCGUUCUUUAUACGGUUCCGGCUACCUGCGUUAUUGCCUGCUAUUUCUAUGAGAUCUCAAACUGGGCGGACUUCCGCCAGUCUGUGCGGGACUCGUACAUGGCGGCGGAGAUGCUACGGAUCUUUAUGUCUCUGCUCGUGGGCAUCACUUCAGGUAUGUGGGUCUGGUCCGCCAAAACCCUUCACACCUGGCAACGAUGUUCCCUUCGACUUGUGCACACUGGGCGAAACAACCGCGUCAAACGGACAACCAACGGUUGGGUUAAACCAGGCAAAGGCAACGAGACUGUGGUGUGAAAAAGACAGGAGAAACAAUGAGACUGAUUGGCUCAGGGAGUGCAAGUUGGAAAAAAUAAAAACAAGAGCGCCACCAUGUGGACAUUUCUUGUAACUGUACCCACAGAUCUUCUCUCUUUCCCUCACACUGAGAGCCCAUGUAGCACUUGAUGUCGUCUUCACACGUUACAUAAAAUGUUCUUAAGUUGAUUUUACACUGGACAGUCCUGGUGCAGCAGGUAUGCCAUUUUUCUCAGUGUAUACGAUAUUUGGUGAUUACGGCUAAUGUAUAUUUUCACUGAAGUGCCUUAGUUUUAGAAGACAAGUGUUAGCUACUCAGCCAGACCUGGUGCUGCAUUCAGACUGUGGUAUUUGUGAGUUAUGUUGCAGCAAAGACAUCUGGGAAAUGUAGUUCCACAAUCAGAGCAGUUUACCUUGCAAUAAGACACAGUUGCCUUGUUCGUUUCUUCUGUUCCUCAGUGGAACACUUAAGGCGACGUCCACACUAAAACGCUUUCCUUUGAAAACGUGUUGAUUUCGCUACGUUUGCACCUCUCAUCCACACUAGAAUGCCAUUUUCCUCCACCAAAAAUGGAGCAUUUCGAAAACGCUCUCCAUUACAGCAUACUUUGGAAAACGACAACAUUAGGAAACUGAAAACAGAGUUUUCAAACUAAAAGUAAUUAGGAUGGAUGCCGUUUUCCAAAGUAUGCGAUUAUGGAGAGGGCUUCCAAAAUUAAUGUUUCAAACAAAAACUCAGUUUUAUUUGAAAAUGCAUCAGUUUUGCUACGUUUACGCCUCUCAUCCACACUAGGACGGUGCUUUCCUCCACGAAAAUGGAACAUUUUGAAAAAACUCUCCAUUACUGAAAAUGAAAAUGAAAAAAAGCAAAUUCGUGUGGAAGUUGUUUUACAAAGUGUGCGGUUAUGGAGAGCGUUAGCGAAAUUAAUGCUUUUCAAUCAAAAAUGUAUUAGGCCACUUAAACACUAAUACAGUUUCAUUUGAAAACACAUUAAUUUUGCUACAUUUACACCUCUCUUCCACACUAGAAUGAGCAUUUCGAAAACACCCUCUAUUAACGCAUACUUAAAAAUGAUGACGUUAGGAAAAUUAAAACGCAUUUUUGAAACAAAAACGAAUUAGUGUUGACGUAAUUUCCCAUAGUAUGCGGUUAUGGAGCGUAUUGGAUAUGGAUCUUUUAACAAAAAUGUAAUAGUAUGGACGUGGCCUAUUAGACCGAGUUCACACUAAUAUAUUUUCGUUUCAAAACGUGUUGAUUUCGCUACAUUUACGCCUCUCAUCCACACUAGAAUGGUGCUUUCUUCCAUGAAAAUGGAAAAUUUCGAAAAAACUGUCCAUUACUGCAAACUUUGUAAUAUGAUUACAUAAGGAAAAUGAAAAUGCAUUUUUGAAACAAAAACAAGUUAGCGUGGACAUCAUUUCCUAAAGCAUGUGGUUAUGGAGCGCAUACGAAAGUAAUGAUCUUCAAACAAAAUUGUAAUAAUGUGGACGCGCCUAUUAGACCGUGUCCACACUAAUAUGUUUUCGUUUGAAAACGUGUUGAUUUCGCUACAUUUAUGCCCCUUAUCCACACUAGAAUGCCAUUUUCCUCCACCGAAAAUGGAGCGCUUCGAAAAUGCUCUCCAAUACCGCAUACUUUGGAAAAUUACAGCAUUAGGAAAGUGAAAACUGAAGUAAUUCAUUUUCAGACUAAAAGUAAAUAGGAUGAACGCCAUUUUUCAAAGUAUGCGAUUAUGGAGAGCAUUCGCAAAAUUAAUGUGUUUCAAACAAAAACUAAUUUUUAUUUGAAAAUGCAUACAUUUUGCUACGUUUACGCCUCUCAUCCACACUAGAACGGCGUUUUCCCUACACUGAAUUUUGAGAAUGCUGUCCAUAACCACAUACUCCGGAAAACAAUGACGUUAAAAAACUGAAAGCGGGAGUUUCUAAACUGAAAUGGAUUAGUGUGGUCGUGGCCUUAGAAUCCUGUCUCUUCUACAAUUCAUUUAAAUUAUUGUGUAGAGUUCCAGAACUCUGUUGGUUCUAGUGUUCCACAGUUGUUUGAGUAAAUCUUAAAUAUGUAGUUAAUGUCUAUUUUUUAUAUGAAAAAGCUAUGAUAUUACACACUUUAAAAUGUAGAUAUUUGAAGCAAAAUUUGGGGUUCCACAGACUGCAACUCAAGUGGAAAUUUCGAAGACACCGUUUUGAAGGUGUCUUAAUUGUCAAGGAACUUCAAUGUAUUUCAGAACUCUUCACAGUAUGUAGAGUUCUAAGAGAAACUCGAGGGUUCCAAGUUCUAAAGUGUGUAGAGCAAUUAUCUUUUUUAUUUUUACAGCGAUGGAAUCUUUAUUUUGCACUGUCAGACACAUAUUCACACUCAAAAGACUGAAAAUGACAACACAGGUGCCUUGCUCAGCCACUUGGCAUCUACAUGACAAUCACUGACCGUGCCCUAGGGUGCACUGCAGGGCUUCUGUUGGGGAAAUGAAUGUAUUGACUGUUGAUAGACUCUAUUUUUACAUUUAGCCAUGUUGAAAGUGCCUCACACUCAUAUGCAGGUGGUACACAUACACAGUCCUGGAUUUCAUGAAGGACCUCUGGACUGAUUUGUAUAUUAACUGGUGUUUGUAGUUGUUUGUAAUAUUUGUUAUUUUUGUGUUAAGAAAUGCUAAUUUAUCUUUGAAAAAAUGGCAAAAGGAACAAAAAUAAAAUUAUUUAAGGAUGCUUUUGUAUCAGAUGAGGAGAAAUUAAACUUUGAAAACGAUGCUGCUUGAUGUUUGAAUCUUUUCUUAUUUUUAUUUUCUCCCCUUUUUCU